UCGGGAUCGAGUCUGGGCGGCGCGGACCAGGCCCGGGGCGGCAGCAGAGGCGCCCGGCGGAGGUGGCUGUGGCGCGAGGCAGUAAUCUCUACGCCCAGCGUGGGACUCGAGCUCACAACCCUGAGAUCAAGAGUCGCAUGCUCUUCCAACUGAGCCAGCCAGUAUGAGACCGUGACCAUGGACUUUUCUCGGCUCCACAUGUACACCCCUCCUCAGUGUGCGCCCGAGAACACUGGCUACACGUACGCACUCAGUUCGAGUUAUUCGUCUGAUGCUCUGACUUUUGAGACUGAGCACAGAUUGGACCCUGUGUUCGAUUCGCCAAGAAUGUCCCGCCGCGGUUUGCGCCUGGUCGCCACCGCCUGUGCCACUGAGGACGGCCAGGCUGGGGACGCUUACUCCUGUGCCAGUAGCACUGCCUCCCUGAAGGACAGAGCGGCCCGAACUGCAAAGCAGCGCAGAAGUGCAAGCAAGCCGGCUUUUAGUGUCCACCACGCCUCCAGGCAGGUCGUGUCCUCGGCCGUGGGCCAGGGCGGCGCCGGCUCGCUGUCAGGUGCGGCCUGUGUGCGGCCUUCUGUGCUGGAUGAGUCUCUGAUCCGUGAGCAAACCAAAGUGGACCACUUCUGGGGUCUUGACGAUGACGGAGAUCUCAAAGGGGGAAAUAAAGCUGCCGCUCAGGGAAAUGGGGAUCUGGCAGCAGAAACUUUCAGGAGCAACGGCUACACCUGCAGAGACUGCAUCCUGCUCUCUGAGCACAAGGACACGCUCACGGCACGCUCCACUGCCCACGGACUGUCGUCGCGAACAUACUCGAGGGACGAGAGUCAGAAACGUGAGUCUGUCUCUCUCAAAGGCGGUGCCUCUUUCCACACGGAUAGGAUUUUGUGGCUGGCCACGGACACUUCGUCAUCCCUGUCGUCAUUCUUAGCCCACCUUUUCCGAGUGGUUUUAAUGAAGCUCAAUUAUGAAUCAGGAAAUUACAAAUUGAAAAGUUACGAAUCAAAAGAUCGUGAAUCAAAAAGCUAUAAGUCAAAAAGCCGUGAACCAAAAGCUCUUUCCGGUCACUGUGGGACAGUGGAUGUAGGAGGGCUUCUCAGAGAGGACGGCCGCCUCGGUGUAAACGGGGAGUCCCCGUGCGAUGACUGUGAGGGGAAGAAGCUCCUUGAAACGCACGCAGACAUCCGCUUGCGGUCCUCAAGGCCAGAGAGGGUGGCGGGGGCCCUGUGGCCCGUCUUUUCUUACGCAGGUCACCUCUUGGUACAGAUGCUGCAGAGGAUUGGAGCUCCCGGAUGGUUUGUGUCGAAGACACUGUUGUCGCUCCUUUGGUUGGCCGUGGUUGCUCCAGGGAAGGCAGCCUCUGGAAUAUUCUGGUGGCUAGGGAUUGGAUGGUACCAGUUUGUUACUUUGAUUUCUUGGCUGAAUGUGUUUCUUCUUACAAGGUGCCUUCGAAACAUUUGCAAGUUUUUAAUCUUGUUCAUUCCAUUAUUACUUUUACUAGGUGCAGGUCUGUCCCUGUGGGGCCAGGGACACUUCCUGUCAGGCCUUCCUGUGUUCAACUGGACACGUGCGCACGGAACCCAGAGGGUGGACAUCCCUGAGGGCACCUUCACACCUGAAGCCCCUCAUCUGAGCCAGCCGCCAGAGGGCGGCGGCGAGGCUUUCUCCCGGCGUCUGAUGAGCGAGGUGGAAAGGCAGGUGGCCUCGUUGUCUGGACAGUGUCACGGCCACGACGAGAAGCUCCGAGAGCUGGCAGCUGUGCUUCAGAGACUGCAGGCGCGGGUGGACCAGAUGGACGGAGACGGCGGCGGGACCCUGUCCCUGACUGACUCCGUGACCUUCCGCCGGGAGCACGAAUCGCGAAUCUCAAACCUAGAGGACGUUCUUGGAAAGCUGACAGAAAAAUCCGAGGCCAUCCAGAAGGAAUUAGAACAGACCAAGCUGAGAACAGCUAGGCUUGGGGAAGAGCCGCACCUCCUUUCCAUGGCUAAACAGCUGGAACUGGAGCUGGGUCAUCUGAGGUCAGAAUUGUCCACGUGGCAGCAUUUGAAAACCGGUUGUGAGGAAGUCAGCACGAUACACGGAAAGGUGGACGCCCAAGUCAGAGAAACUAUCAAGCUCAUGUUCUCCGAUGAGCAAGGCGGUUCUCUGGAAUGGCUGCUACAGAAACUUUCUUCCCGGCUCGUCAGCAAGGGUGAUUUGCAGGGUUUGUUGCGGGAUUUGGAGCUGCGGGUGCUGGAGAGCGUCACCCGCCACACUUCUGUGACACAGCAGGUCUCCGGCCCUGAGACCGCACCGUCUGCUGCGAAUGAGGCCGGGGCUUCUGGGAUAACGGAAGCGCAAGCGCGUGUCCUUGUGAACAACGCCCUGAAGCUGUAUUCCCAAGAUAAGACCGGCAUGGUGGACUUCGCCCUGGAGUCUGGUGGUGGAAGCAUCCUGAGCACUCGCUGCUCGGAGACGUAUGAGACCAAGACCGCACUGAUCAGCCUCUUCGGGAUCCCGCUCUGGUACUUCUCCCAGUCCCCCCGCGUCGUGAUCCAGCCUGACAUCUAUCCAGGCAACUGCUGGGCAUUCAGGGGCUCCCAGGGGUACCUCGUGGUGAGGCUGUCCAUGGAGAUCCACCCGACCACCUUCACUCUGGAGCACAUACCAAAGACGCUGUCGCCCACGGGCAACAUCACCAGCGCCCCCAAGGACUUUGCGGUCUAUGGACUAGAAAACGAACACCAGGAGGAAGGACGGCUCCUGGGACGGUUUACAUAUGAUCAAGACGGGGAGUCCCUCCAGAUGUUCCACGCGCCGAAAAGACCCGAGAGAGCUUUCCAAAUAGUGGAACUUCGGAUUUUCUCUAACUGGGGCCAUCCGGAAUACACGUGUCUUUAUCGGUUCAGAGUCCACGGAGAACCCAUCAAGUAAAGAUCCUGCUGUCAGUUCUUGUACAUCUUGUAUAUACCGGGACAGCCUGAGACACUGGAACCCUUUGUGAACCAGGGCACAUGGAGUAACAGGAUACUGUCACCCCUAAAUAAACGCCACCGACUGCCACUGGGAGUGGACGCCCUGCUUGCUCUUCUGUCCACAGAAAACACUGCAUGUCGAAUGCGUAGUUUCACCGAGGUCUGCCAGCAACAGCCGACCUCUGUGGAGAUUCCUUUGAAUGUGUGGGUCACAAAGACACAUGUGUUGUUUUGGGGAUUUGUUUUUGAACAUGAAGCUCUUGAUACUUGUAUUUUCUUGACAUCAGGAACAAAGCAAAUGAAAUUAAAAGGUCGAAGUGUUUGAAGCUUUGAUACUUAGCCUUUCACUGGCCCUUCUCAAGGACUUUUGGGGGCAGAUCGAUUUCAUGUGUUUGAUCCAGCACACGUUUCUUUCAGGGAAAAACCGCGUCACCAAGUUUCGGUUGUGAACUCCUUUUUUCCAGGGUAGGAUUUUUCCCUUUAUCCCGCACCAGGUGGGGAAAUUCCUGCAAUGUGUUUUUCUGCUUAGUCUGUUUUACUGUGGGCUGAAGGUGGGGGGGGGGGGGGUCCUCACAUGAAAGGGGGUGGUCUGGAUCUAAAUGGACACAUCAGUCGAGCUCUCGGGUCUCAAGGAGGCUCAUCCCCCCGGGGGCUGUCCCCGAGUCUGCACGGUGUCCGAGGGAGCCGGGACACCGGGACACCCAGGCUUGUGGGUGUCGUCCGCGUCUGGUUUGAAUUUUGCUGCAGAGUGAACACUAACCUGCUCCCUGUCUUUCCGAGUCUGAAAUUUUUCCUCCACUGACGGUUAUCCAAGGGGAUUGUUCAGGGUAGCAAAUUCAUGAAACCAUGACAUUUUGUGGUUAUACUUUUUCUCACAGUGGCACUUUCUUCCCGCCUCCAGCCGGGAUUUGCCUCUUACUAUGGCUGUCGGCCGUUCUCAAUUCCUUGAGACUCAUUUUGUUUAUAGUUAAUAUUUAAUAUUUAGACUAUUUUACUGAGCAGACUUUAUAAAUGAGAUAUCUGCAAGGCACUUAAAGUGUUACAGAUGUUUUAAAAAUUAUUUAAGUUUUAUUGGUUAAGACCGUUCUUUUGGUGUUCUCAUAAAUACUGUAUUUUCAGAAAAAGAAAAUGAUGGUGCUGACUGGUUUUCUGAAGAGUUUUAUGUAUAUUGCACAACAGUCCUCAGAUACAUAAAAACUACACAAAGUAGCAUUUUUUUCACUCUUCUUAGAAUUGGGACUAACUAAUGCCUAUGCAGUUAAGUCAGAUAAAAUGUAUACAGAUGUUUCAUAUAUUACGGGAUAAAUCUAUAAAUCAGAAUUUCCUAUAUAAAACUAAAUUUGGGAGUUGGGUGGAAGUAUUUUGAAUAUUUAUUUUUAAAGAUGCAAGAUAGGACUUUGUGCGCGGUAUUUUUGUAAAUGCUUUUCAAAACACUUGUCUUUGGUAGUGCUGCUUUUGCUGCCACCAAAUUGAUAAGAUGCCAUUGAAAUGUUUAAAUAAAGAGUUUAAAUUUUUAAAAGUG